UAUUGCGCACUAAUUUCCUCUUCCAAUUUUCUGUAGUUUCGACGAAGAGUGCGACAGCUGCUUUGUAACUCUGCUCUCCGUUACAAUUUCUAUUGUGUUUCUACCAUGCAAAGGGUAAACAUUCGCGUGAAACGUACGAAUUGCCAUGCGAUGCCGAAUUUAUGCUCGAGAAGCUUCGAAUAAACGGGGCUAAAAUAUUUACUUUGUGCCACAAUAAGGAGAAGGAAGAAUAAAUGAAAUAACAUGGAUCUGUUACCUAAUAUUCAAAAAAAGGGCUAUAGGGUCCUAGACUUGGUGCGGCAAAGGGAAAUACAUGAUAUAGUACCAUAUACAAUUCAACAAAAAUUGCAAGUCACUGGUAAUCUAAUAUCACGUUUGGGUUUAGAAAAGGAAUUGAAUGGUCAUACAGGAUGCGUUAAUUGUUUAGAAUGGAAUGAGAGUGGACAAAUCCUUGCAUCAGCAUCAGAUGACAAGGACAUUAUAUUAUGGGACCCUUUUCGUUAUGAAAAAAAAUUAGUACUUCAUACAGGCCAUCAUGGAAAUAUAUUUUCUGUCAAGUUUAUGCCAAAAUCAAAUGACCGUGUACUGGUGUCAGGUGCAGGAGACUGCAGGAUUCGAGUGUACGACCUUGCGUUCUCGUAUACUGAACCAAUAUUCACAUGCAAAUGCCACAGAGCACGCGUUAAGCGUAUCGCCACUGCGCCCAGUAUACCCUUCUUGUUUUGGAGUGCGGGCGAGGACGGUCUCUUUCUGCAAUACGACAUGCGUACACCGCAUGUUUGCAGGAGCGAGGACCGUAAUGUACUCGUGAACCUGAUAUAUCAUGCAGGUAACAAUGUGGAGGGCAAGUGCAUUUCUGUGAACUCGAAGAAGCCUGAGCUGAUAGCGGUUGGUGCUAAUGAUGCUUACAUUCGGAUGUAUGACCGGAGAAUGAUAAAGUUGUCACAGAUUCCACCGUGUCCUACACACGUCUUAAAUACGGAAUGGGUAAAUUUCACCAAUUAUCGGGCAGGCAAGGGCGAUCCAGAUGACAAUAUCCCAUUGGGUAGCGUACAGUAUUUUAUCGCAGGUCAUCUGCGCUCUCGCGACAGUAACAGAAGCAUCACGACGACUUAUUUGACGUUCAGUGACGACGGAAAUGAGUUACUCGUGAACAUGGGCGGUGAACAGAUUUACUUGUUCGAUAUUAAUAAUCCGAAACAUUCGAAGGCAUAUCUUAAUUGUUCGCCAAAGAAAUAUACAGAACUUGGAAGCUCUUGUGUGGAACAGAGUGACAUGGAAAAUAUGGAAGACUUCACGGAAAAAAACGUGAAAGUAUUGCCGCCGCAUGUUGAAGAAUUGAAACGUGAAGCGAAUGAGGGUUUUGAGCAGCAAAAGUUCUCGCUAGCAAUUAAUUUGUAUAAUAAAGCAAUUUGUCGUUGCCCAACGGCAGCAGUUUUAUUCGCUAAUAGAGCAGCUGCUUACAUGAAACGUGCUUGGGAUGGUGAUAUUUACGCAGCUUUACGGGAUUGUAAAUUAACAUUACUUCUUGAUCCGGAACAUAUUAAGGCGCACUUUAGAUUGGCGCGCUGCCUGUUUGAUUUGAAUCGAGCAUUAGAAGCCGACAAGAUACUCAAGAAUUUUCAACAAAAGUUCCCAGAAUAUGUAUCUAAUUCAUCAUGUAAAGCAUUAAGGAUGGAUAUAAAGGAAGCUAUUGAUAACGGGAGAGACUAUUCUCAGUCCAACCAUCUGCAGUUCCCGAUAUCGGAAUACGAACAAGAAUGGAGGCGCAAUUCAAUUGACUACAAGAUGAGAUUUUGUGGCCAUUGUAAUACUACGACCGAUAUAAAGGAGGCAAAUUUCUUCGGAAACAACGGUCAAUAUAUAGUAGCCGGGUCAGAUGACGGCUCUUUCUUUAUUUGGGAUCGUAGUACUACCAACAUCGUACGUGUGCUGCGAGGAGAUGAUAGAAUUGUCAAUUGUCUGCAACCACAUCCAUCCACAUGCCUGUUAGCUACUAGUGGUAUUGAUCCAGUGAUUAGAUUAUGGAGUCCGUUACCAGAGGAUGGCAGAAUAAAUGAAAGGGAAAUUCGGAAUCUAGAUGAUGCAGCGUCGGCCAACCAAAUACGCAUGAACAGUGAUCCAUUUGAAAUAAUGUUAAUGAAUAUGGGAUACAGAUUGCCUGCUCACCAAGGAGAAUUCAGCGAUGAGGACGGUGAGGAUCAACGCGACGUGUCAUUCACGCAGGCUUUAAAUUGUAGGCCAAGCUAAGUCUCGCAAGGAACACACAAGAGAGCACACACCAAGAGCAAUUACACAACUAAAAAGGUUUAUCGACACCUGUGUGAAUGUAUGCGCGCGCGUGUGUGGUUAUAAUUAUAUACUAUAUUAUUUCCAUUUCUAAUUAUUUAUUUUUUUCACAAGUAUGUCAAGCAACACUUUUCUUGUAUAAUCUAUUGCGACGGUGUUUUUAUAAAACUGAAGGGAAAAAUAGAAUUUUAUUUGUCAA